AGCGGAUCCUCCUUGUAUCCUCCUUGUUCAGAAACUAUUGCAGAUUCUCUAUUAGGCCAACCCCAUCGUCCCCUCUGGCCGAAAACAGACUAUUACAUCACCUCGUAGUACGGACCUAGGAGCGAGACAUCAUCAUUUGGCGUCUAGACCGAAUCUCAAUCCCGGGUAGUGAUACGGAACGGGCCACCAAGAGACUUCUGCAAGAACGCGCAAGAUACCUAGCGGUGUCGGGUACCUACCACCCGCUCAAGAUUACCUAGUUACCUAUUCCUUCAGUCAUGUCUAACCUUGUUACCGUUCCCAGGACGGUACCUAUUGCCAUUGCACCCAAACCCUCACUCAUAUUCCCUGGCCGCUAUCACACCAAUGACGCAAAUUUCUCAUUGAAUAGUGUGAACAGUAAUGACUCAACCGACUCGGAUUCUCCCGUAAGUGGAACUGGAACGCCUUGUGAGUCUUGCCUAAGAAGGCGGCUCAAGUGCGUUGUUGGUGAAGACGAGGAGAGUUGCGCAUCUUGUCAAGUUCACGGCAUUCCAUGCUCUUUAAACCAGAGUCCUCAGCCCCUUAAAAGGAAGUUGGUGUGUGACUCGACCGAAGAGAGAAACGGGAAAAGAGGCUCGCCUGGUAGGUCUGAUAACAGAAGAAGGCGGCAACGUCAAGCAAGCUUGUCAAGUACAACUGCUAGCACUUCUUUGAUUGAGGAGAUGGCUAAUUUCGGUGGUCCAACUUUGCUAAAGCGCACCCUCGGCCUUCAAGAAGAUCGGUAUAGCCAAUAUAUUGGCCCUACCACUGACUUUGAGCCAUCGUUGAUCAACUUAUCCCCAUUCGACCCUCAAGAUGAAAGCCUUCUUGCGCGAGGCACUCUUCGAAAGGUUAGCGAUCAUGAUACCUUUUUACUCUUACCUGAUAGUACCACGCCCGGUCACGAGCAUCAAUUCGAAGAUGUCGACGAGGUCCAACGGCUCGUGGCACCCUACGGACGCAAAUUGAUCGAUCUCUAUUUCGAGGUCGUACACCCCGCCUUUCCCAUCGUGCAGAAGAACGUCUUUUACGAGAAAUACGAUCGAAACUACCGGGAAUUUUCACCCCCUCUGCUCGCUGCCGUUUACAUACUCGCUAUCAAUUGGUGGGAGCACUCGGAUGAACUCUCUAAAUCCCCGCGACCAAACGUGCGAGAAAUUGAGAGAUUAAUACGAUCUUCUCUGGCUGAUGCCAUGUGGCGCCCCAAACUUUCUACCGUGCAGGCUGCACUUCUAUUGUCGCAACGUCCCGAAGGGGAUCAAUGGGCCCCGACUGCACAGAUCGUGGCCAUUGCUCAAGAGCUCGGCCUCCACCUAGAUUGCACGCAUUGGAAAAUCCCGCCUUGGGAGAAGGGGUUGAGGAAGAGGCUCGCUUGGGCACUGUAUAUGCAAGAUAAAUGGGGAGCUUUGGUCCAUGGACGACCGUCUCACAUCUUUAGCUCUAACUGGAUCGUGCAGCCUUUAGCGGCGAAUGAUUUCCCGGAGACCGAGUUGGACGACCAGAAUCCGGAGGAGAAGGUGGAGAUCGAAAGGGGUCGGACCCUGUUUGUUCAGAUGAUCUGUCUCACACAGAUUUUGGCCGAGAUUCUCGAGACCUUCUACACUCUUGAGGCUAUGCAGAACGUUACCAACGCUGGUUCGCAAGGCACUCAUCUUGUUCUAGCGAUGGCGAAACCUAUCCAGCUAAAGCUCAAAGAGUGGUAUGCUGCUCUGCCAACCGUAAUCCGCAUGGACUCUUCGUUCCAGUCUGGCAAUGUCGCAUUAACUCGUUUGUCGAGCAUCGGAUACCUGCACUUGGCUUAUUUUGCGACAGAGAUCACCCUCCAUCGCCGAAUUAUACGCUCUCUUGAGACAGACACACAGGCCGUUGAUCCUUAUGUUCAACAUAUCUGCCGGAGCGCUGCGAAGGCCCGCCUGAUAUCGGCCAUGGACUUCGUUAACCGUCUGACGCCUCAACAUCUCCGAGCGUUCUGGUACUUCGCAUCCAAAACAAAUUUUGCCUUAAUCGGCACCUUUGGGUCGCUUCUAUGGGCUACCUCUCCGGGGCGCGAGGAGGCUGAAUGGUAUCGCCGUAGACUUGGGGAAUAUCGUUGGACGCUGAGCGUCAGCAGCAAACCUGGCGAAUUCAAAGGCCUUACCGAAUUUGCGAUGGGUAUGCUGGAUAUAUCGACCGGGCUGCUGAAGAAACUCCCGGAGAAGCCAGAGUUGAGUCAGAGCGGAAGUACCAUUGAAUUCGAUGCGGGUAGACGCCAAAGUAUUCUCUCCAUGGGAUUUGGGAGUGCGGGAGGCGAAACAUAUAGCAGUAUCGCCAGUGCCGACAUCAGCAACAUGCAAAGUCCAGAAAGUCCAAUCGAUAGUAGUGACGAAGACUACGACACAUUCGCUCCGAUGGCUGGGAUGGCGUCGAUGGGCGACUGAGUACCUAGGUAUAUCCUACUUUAGUCUCUCUGAUCUCUUUAACUUUUUUGGAGUCUUGGUAGAAUGGGGGCUGGCGAAUGAAGUAGGAAUCGAAAAGACUGAGAUGAGGCAAGGUCACGCCAUAUGCACGAAAUCUCACGAAUAACUGCGUCCAUGAAUCAUUUACUCCAUCAACAUUUAUACCUACGUACACAUCUUGGGCGUGGAUUGUUCAGAUAUAGGAAUAAUUCUGACAUCCUCCUUUAUGGCUUUCUGUUUAUAUUUCUUUCUUUCUUUCUCUCAUCUGGGAUACCCUGUCUGGAGAUCAUCUGCUUUGCAACUAUUGGGCUGUGCGAUGUCAUGCCGGUACUGGAUAUCUUGCAUUGCGGACAGUGUUCAUUGACUGGGUUGGAGGUAUACCAUCAAAAAAGGGAGCAUAUUUUAGGUUAUAUGGGCGGAUGCAUGGCUGGGUGGAUAGGUUUAUAUCCUGGGGAAGACUGU